CGGCUACUGUUACUGGUAACGUUACGCCAAGACUGCUAGUGUCGAGCCAUUCAGCUAACUGUUUCAUCACUGGCUGCCUCGGUCUUUUCGGGGUCCAUUACCAGUUUUAGUUGUAGUGCGACAGUUAAAUAGAAAAUGGCUCUGCUAACGCCAUUAUUCGCUUUCCUGUACCACCUGCCGCAGGUGUACAAGUGGCUGCUGAAGCCCUACUAUAUAGCCUCUCUCUUCAUGUCUAUUGCCUUUCUAGCUAUCCGCAAGACCCCUGGCAUCUGCGACCAUCUGGCUACACAGCGAGAGGACGGCAACUCCUGCGACUUCGACUGGAGGGAGGUCGAGAUCCUCAUGUUCCUCAGUGCCAUCGUCAUGAUGAAGAACAGACGAGCAAUAACGGUGGAGCAGCAUUUGGGCAACAUCAUCCUGUUUAGCAAAGUGGCCAAUGUCAUCCUGUUCUUCAGACUGGACAUCAGGAUGGGACUGCUCUACCUGACACUCUGCAUAGUGUUUCUGAUGAUCUGCAAGCCUCCUCUUUACAUGGGACCAGAGUACAUCAAAUACUUCAGUGACAAAACCAUUGAUGAUGAGCUGGACAAAGACAGUCGUGUGACGUGGAUUGUUGAAUUUUUCGCCAACUGGUCUCCAGAGUGCCAGUCCUUUGCUUCGGUCUAUGCUGAUCUUUCUCUCAAGUAUAACUGUUCUGGUCUCAAGUUUGGCAAAGUGGACAUUGGACGUUAUGGAGAAGUUUCCAAAAAGUACAAGGUGUCUACAUCUCCGCUGUCCAAGCAGCUUCCAUCCUUGGUGUUGUUUCAGGGAGGGAAGGAGGUGAUGCGGCGCCCCCAGGUGGACAAGAAGGGUAGAGCCGUAUCCUGGAGCUUCACUGAGGAGAACAUCAUCCGAGAGUUCAACCUGAACGAACUCUACCAGAAAUCCAAGAAGCUCAACAAGACCAAAGAAGACAAGGUCAGCGAAUCCCAGUUCCCGCCGGUCCCCGAGGAGGAUGAGCCUGAGCAGCAAGAGGUGGUGGAGUCUGAAUCCAAGAAGGACAAAUAAGACGGUUCGUAUCACUCAGCUUCCAACCCUGGAUGAAAUGUGCGGGUCCAGGUCAGCUCCUCCUCCUCCUCUUCCUCCUACUCCUCCUGCUCCGCCUGCUCUCUCAUCUUCAAAGUGAAUCAGAACAGGGCUGGCGUCGCUGCGGAUCAUCACGAGAUUUUCAAAUCACCACAGUACUUCUGCCUCCCUUCAGCACCAUUAACCCUAACCCCAGUUAAACCCAGUAAUUCAACACAGGUGCAUCUACUCAGUCUGUUUUCCCUCUAUGAAAGAGCAAAGAGAACAAGUGUGUACUUUAGCAGAGGAGCAAACUGGGACUCAGUAAAGGAGCUUUUUUGGGGGGGUUGUAAUGCUCAAACCUGGCCCAGUAUAAUGCUGUAAGGCCUGGAAAUGUGCUGUGCAGACCUGCCAUGUGCACUGGGUUAUAAAGUCUACACCACACAUUUCUGAUGGUUAAAGCUGUGAAGUCUGAGUGACUGCUAAUUUAGGAGUUCUUAAUAAUUAACAGUAAGGGAUCAGUGAAUGUGAUGCUACUUUGUUCUAGAUUCUUUUUAUGCAGCUAAUUGAAUUAGAUAAAUGUAGAUUUUUUUUUAAAAAUCAGAAUAAGUGUAUAUUUAUGUAAACUAAGUUAUAACUCAGUGGUACACAAAAAGUCGUUAAACUGGUGUUUUUGGUUUGUAGUGAGAGCUGCAAUAUGGGAGCACUUGUUUAACAUCAACACAUCUGCAGGAGUCGGGUGGUGCUACUCAAGUUGACUAAUAGUUCAUAGUACAGCUUCCCUAUUCUUCCCUCACAGACCAAACUACACUCCGUCAUUCCAUUCAUUUCAUAUUAAUGUAUUUUUAUGGAUCCCAACUCACUUUUUGUUUGUUGUUUGUUUUGUAUGCAGUGUAUGUGCCUCUCAGAGAGAUCAACAGUCAUUCAUGCCAUGGCUGACUUGGGAGGCAUUUUCUUGUUUGAAAACCCUUUCAGGUUUUCUACCAAAUGGGUUGCACUUUUAUUUUUCACUAUUUCUAUGUUGCCAACAAGGUAACCAGUAUUGUUAUGUUUUUAGAAGCAAGCAGUGCUCAAGCCUUAGCAUCCACUGGCACUCACUGUUUAAUAGCUUCUCAACCCCCGGUUGCUUCUGUAACAUUGACCGUUUAUUUGAGGAAAAAAAACACCACGUCCUCAACAUAGACAGAAACAGAAAAGUCAGCAAUUCCUUUAAGUAUGGAAAGUAAGAAGUGGGCCUGUCUACCGUCUUGGUCAAGACUACAGUAUUAGUUCAAAUACUACUCCAAUAAUAUUAAACAUACUCACUACAGAUUGUUGACAGUAUUAAUCGGAUGUCAUGACCUCAGACUGCAUGUUCAACGACAGCCAAUCUGCCAAAUAUUUGGCACAAUAGUUAAAAUGAGUCAGGGGUGACAAAUCCUGGGUUACAAUGAGUCUUGAUCCUUAUUUUCUCAGUUUUAGAUAUAGAUAUUAUAAAUGAUUUGAUCUCCCGUUGCUGCGUUCACUAAUGGCAGCGUCUACUGUAACUUUAGACCCAGGCGCGUUCCUACAAAGCAAUCCUAAAACAGUUGACAUGAAAAGGGUCUGAGUGAGGAGCCAUGCUCACGCUGGGGCUUUGGUCAGUCUGACUGAAACAUCUGGGCAACUAUUAGAUGGAUUGCCAUAUAAUGUUGUACAGACAUUCAUUGUCUUCAGAGGAUGGAUCCUACUGACUUUUCAUCGAGGGCCAUCCUCAGGUCAAAAUCAAAAUGAGUCCGAUACUUUGGUUUAUGACCAAAUACCUGCAGAACUGAUGACAUUCAGUUCAGCCUCUGCUGUACUUAGUGUUUUACUGCUAAUCAGCUAAUGUUAGCACGCUACACACUAAACUAUGAUGGUAACCAUGGUAGACAUUAUACCUGCUAAACAUUAGCAUGUUAGCAUGCUGAUGUUAGCAUUUAGUACAAUUUUUUUUGUAUUGCAAAUGAAAUCUAACAAAUAUCGAUAUAUCAGUCAGAAAUGAUCCACGACCCCGUCUUCAUAUUGGGUGAUUCCCAAAGUGGGUCCCGAGGCUGGGGUUGAGAAGCUGGGUCACCUGAACGCACCACAGGUAUAUUGGAUGUGUGAAUGCUGGCAGCGACACAGUUCCAUCAUUAGACGGUAGCACGAUACUGGUACGUGUGAUUGUGCAUGUGUGGAUCCAGAACUGACUCUGCUUUUUUCCAUUCAGAUUCUGAAGUCAUGUUAUCAGAUGAUGUCAAACCAUGCACUCAUGCACUGCACCUUGUUUGGCUGAAUACUGCACACAUCUUAUAUUCUACAAACCUGUGAUCAGCACGGUGAUGAAGUGAGAGCAUGUUAGAGAGCAUGGCACCACAUCACAUUCAUACAUCCACUAUUGUGUUUUAGUGGUUUCUUUGGACCAAAAUAACAAGUUUUUGAGGCAUUUCAUUUAAUUUUCCUGCUUUCUUGCUAACUUUCCUAAUAAUGAUUUUGAGCUGUUUUUCCCACACAUACACUGUAAAAAUGAGCUUUUUGAGUUUAUUCUUAAUCACUUUAUUACUAAAACUGUUUUGUAUUGUACUCUUCUUGUGAAAUUGAUUUGACCUUUUGACCUUUUAGUUAUGUUGCAUUUCAUAUGAGCUGCAUUCCACGGCUUAUGUAUAUCGGCUCCUGUACUUGGAUGGAGACGUCUGCUGAGAAGACCUCAGAAGUCGGGCCUGUUUUGUUAUUCAUGCAAUAAAACAAUGUGCACGUGAA